AUGCCGACAGCUUCAACGCCCCUCCUCCCUUCUCUUCCCUCAUCUUUCCCUAAUUCCAGACUUCUAUGGAAGACUGGCGCUAUACUAGCUGGCGUGGGCAUGCUAUUUGGAGCAUUCGGGGCUCACGGUCUCAAGAAGAGACAGGGUAUCACUCCUGAGAACAUCAACGCAUGGGCCACCGCUUCCCACUACGCGAUAUUCAACGGGCUGGGGCUGCUGUUGGUAUCGUUACAUCCUCGUUUUGCAACGCACAAGUUUGCGGGCCCUGCUAUCGCUGCCGGAGGCGUUGUGUUUUCAGGGAGCAUCAUAGCCCUGGUCCUGGCUGGUGACAAACUCAGAUGGAUGGGUCCAAUCACGCCGCUGGGCGGGUCGCUGAUGAUCGCUGGAUAUAUUGCUCUCGCCCUCUGAUCCCGAC